CCCCUCCCGCGCCGGGCCGAGGUCGCGAGCGCCCGCCGGCCGUUUCGCUCUCGCGCAGGCGCGGCAGCUCGGCUGGAGAUCUGUGGGGGCUCUGGAGAGGAGCUGACGCCGCCGGCCACGAUGGUGCUGGAGAGCGUGGCUCGCAUCGUGAAGGUACAGCUCCCGGCUUAUCUGAAGCAGCUCCCAGUCCCAGAGAGCAUUACCGGCUUCGCCCGACUCACAGUUUCAGAAUGGCUUCGGUUAUUGCCUUUCCUUGGUGUACUCGCUCUUCUUGGCUACCUUGCAGUUCGUCCAUUCCUCCAGAAGAAAAAACAACAGAAAGAUAGCUUGAUUAAUCUUAAAAUACAAAAGGAAAAUCCCAAAGUGGUGAAUGAAAUAAACAUUGAAGAUUUGUGCCUUACUAAAGCAGCUUAUUGUAGGUGUUGGCGUUCUAAGACGUUUCCUGCCUGUGAUGGUUCCCAUAACAAGCAUAAUGAAUUGACAGGAGAUAAUGUGGGUCCACUCAUACUGAAGAAGAAAGAAGUAUAAUAGUAUAACUUAGGGUUGAUUCAAUUGUGUGCUGUAAAAUCUUACAAUAUUUUCUCAUUGUUUAUGUAUAGAAAAUCUUUGAAACGUUAGUCUUAAUUAUUACUACUGGUUGAAUUAUUUCUGCCAAUUUAUUUUCUUGCUACACUACUGCUUAUAUUUGAUACUUUGUAUAUUCAGUCAUUUAUAGAGAAAUUGUCAAGCCUCAUUCUGACUUCAGAGAAUUAAUGUAUUUUCCAGCAAUAAAAUCAAUAAUUGUUUUAAUUAAUUGGGGAUCUAAACUUUGGCAAUGGGUCCAAAGCUGUGUCUCUGAAUAUUAACUCAACAGAAUAUAUUAACAGAUUUUAAUUUCAGGAGAAUAUAUACUUUUUAAAAUUUCCCUACAUUUAUAAUACUGUUUUUCAUAUUUUGUUUUGACCAUUGGAAUGCUUUCAACUCCUUUUGAUUUUCUACACUCCGUUCUUUUUAGUUGAACUAAGGAAAAUAUUGCCAUGAAGAAUUACUUGAGGUUACAGAGAUAAACUCUGCUUUAUAGAGGUUCUUGUCUCAUUAAUAUGAACAUCCCGAUUUCAGGGAACUGGAUAUAAAAAGUUCCAGUGAGUAACUGUGUGUAUGUGUGUGUGUGUGUGUGUGUGUGUGUGAGGUCUUUAACUCAGUGACAGCUGGGGUGGCAACAACCUAAAUUUAUGGCUGCCUCAAUUUGAAGGUCAGUUUGAAAUACAGCAUAUUCUGAAUUCAGAUAAAAAUGAUAAAUAGGUUAGUGAUCAAAUCUGUCUUUUCUCUGGGCUGGAGGCAUGCUCAAGUAGAGAGCAAGUGCAAAUCCCUGAGUUCAAAGCCCAGUAGUACCAAAAAAUUAAAAAUUUUCUUUUUCUUUUUAAUAGUAUAAGCCAUUAAAAUAAAAUUCCAAGUAAAUUUACUGGAGAAUCCUUAAAACAUUGUAAUUUUUAGUCUAUAAUUAAGUCUCUUCAGUUUUAUUUUACAUUAUAAUUCUCAUAUUAGUAAUUAUCCUUGUCUAUCUAUUAAAGGUACACACCAUUCAAUUCACUGUUUUUUUUUUAUAUGAAGAAAGUAUAGGAGGCAAACAUUUAAUCCUUCUUCAAAUAAGAAAGCUAAUAGUAAUUGAGCAUCUAUAGUAUCAGACACUGCUCUAAUAAGCAUGGUUCUUGGAUUUUGAAUUUAUUACAUGUAAUGUCAGUAAGUUCUAUGCGACCCUAACUUUCUCAUGAUCAACAGCAAGAAUUUUAAAGUUAGAGGUAAAAUGUAGGCCUGUGUUUUCAAGAAUGUGUAUGUCCAAAAUUAUUGCUAUUCCCAACUGUCAAUGGGGAGAAAUAUAACAUUGUCACUUCUAUGGCUGUGGGUAUUUUUUGUUUGAGACCUUUCAUUCCACACUCUUAAGGGGCUUCACUGUCAAAUUAUCCAGCCACCCCACCCCAGUUUGUCGAAAGACUGUAGGGGAAGUCCUCAUUCAAAAGUUUGGAUAUACUUGUCAUGGUCAUGAAUCAUUUACUGCAACUCACAGCAAAUAUUCUUAAACAUGUUCUAGUGAUUUCCAUACUUAGAUUUCAUAGGAGAUAAAUGUACUAAAAAUGUGUAGUCUUAAUUGUCAACUAAAUUUUGUGAAAUAAGAACACUUAAAAAUUGAAAGUGAAUCUCAUAAAAAGUAAUUAUAGUGCACAAAAAGCAACAUGGUUUUGCUCUCAGAAUAAAGGGUUCCUUCUCUAUACCUCCCAUUGUUAAAAUAUGUUAAAGCGAUAUCCCAAAUACUUCCCACCUAUGUAGCCAAAAUGUAAUUUUAAUCACUCCUUUAUGUAAGCAUUAUCCUCAAUUACCAUUAAAUGAAAUUCACUGAAUUCUAUUAUGUGUACCUUAAAAUAUAAACAUUAUAACCAAAUGCACAUUAAUUUAUACAACUUAGCUCUUGAAAUACAUGUCUGAGGUUUCUAGAACGUUCACGAAAGAACACUGUUGUUACUCACGAUGAUUGUUUUGAGGACUGCCUCUCCUGCUUACCUAGAGAACUACUCAUGCCUUACUCAGCAAAUGAGCACCAUCAUUGCACAAAUACCAGGUAUCCAAAAGUGUUAGCAAGCUUGAGGUAUUAAUGAUUCAUUCAUGUGGAUAAUUAAGCAAGUUGUAUUUUGAAAAUCACAUUACAAUUCAGCCUUGAGUUUGGUGCCUCAUAUGAUGAUUCAUUGAAGUGCUUUUGUAUUUUGUAACCUAAUUUGUUAACAAGUUUAUGGGAAGCCAAUUAAGCUAGCUGCUGAUCUACAUAAUUCUUCCCCGCUGUGAUCCCACAGUCUUCCAUCAGAAAUGUGUUGUCAAGACUCUUUCUAUACAAAGAAAAUUUUAAACUCCACUGUUUAGCAGGGUUUUUAAGAAAUUAAGGUGGGCAUUUUUUAAACCUACCAGAAAUAUCUAACUAAUUGCACUUCACUCAUUUACAAUUUAUUUAAGGAAGUGUCACCAGAGAAGCCCGGGGAACACGUUAGCAAUGCUCAUACUUUAUUCCAAAGUAAGUGCUUGAGAGCACUUCAGAACCCUCCUUCAGAACCUUCACACCCAUUCCCAACAGUUUUGGUUAUCCUGAACAGAUCACGAGUAUCAAAAGGAUUUUGCUAGAGGUAGAUAAACAAUAAACUAUAAUAGAUCACAGCAGGAGAGAUGACCAAAAAAUAAAGAUUAAAAGCAUAGCAGCCAUAGACAGUUUAAUAGAGUAUCAUGCAUACCACAGCCCCUGAGGACGUCACUGUGAUCAAAUUAUACAAGUGUUCAGUGAUGAAUCUGAAUCAAGUAGUGUGUGGUUUUAAGAAGGCAGGAUAUGCAUUGCAUUCAGUGAUACCAAUGACCACCUUAAUUAAAAGCUUAAUACUUUAUCUUUUCCAGGUGGAAAAUUUGUGCUGACUAUACUCUGACUCAUUCUUCCAUAUAUGGAGGCUUUAU